GCCUGUCAAAAGUGCCAACCACUCUCAGAUCUGAGCAGGGCCCACAGAGCAGGAGCUCCGUGCACAGCCACGAUGUGGGACCCUGCUGCUGCAGCCCGGUCCCCAGCCGGGCAGGGGGCAGCCACACAGCCUGCACCAGCAGUGAUGGGAUGGGAUGGGCCUUGGGGCACAGCACCACGCCGCAGACCUCGCCAAGUGCGCAUCACGCCAGCAAGGCUCUGUGUCAGAUCGGGCACAGUGUGCAGCCCCAAGCCCCAGUAAUUAGCACCAUGUGCUCUAAAGUUUAGUCAGCACUCAGAUGGGAACCGCUCCAGCAUCGUUCUGGGGACGCUGCCAGUGUGGCAGAAUUGCAGGAUACUCGCUCCGUGGCUCGUCUGCUGGUAUGGGCACAGUGCUGGGGCUGCCCUGCGCCCCAAGGAGCCCUGAGGGCAGAACCUUCCCCGCCUGGCUCAGCCUCUUCCCACAGCUGCAGCUCUGCUGAGGACACAGGCGGAGGCGGCCCUUCUGGCAGAGCUUCCCUCUAGCUGGAGCCCUGGUUUCCAGUUACAGGAGGGAGGAAGACACCAGGCUGAUGAGUCACAGAAGCCCAAGUUUGGCCCUGCAGAAGGAGCAGGACAGCCUGCUCCCCGCAGCCUGCCCAGGGCAGUGCCCUCGGGUCUCUCCCAGUGAGGAGAAACAUGGAAGGGGCCUGGGCAGCCCCACAGGGAGGUGUGGGGAAGCAGGUCCUCAGGGUUGGUGGGGAAGAGGAGUUAGGUCGGGCCUGGCCCUCGCCAGGGAGUUGUGUCCCAGCACCACAUGGAGGUGAGGAGGCAGCGUAAUGCCCCCCCGGCCAGGGAGCAGCAUCAGUGGAGACACAGCACUGGGGUGCAAUAAGUUGUGGGGGCCGCAAGGACCGGUCCCCCUGGGAAAGCUCAGCCUGUGCCACCAGAGCAGGCUGGGCAGGGCCACCCAGCACUGCCACCGAGCCCUCCGGGUGCCGGUUCCCGUGCUGGGAGCGGUGUGAGGAGGGACACCAGUGCUGGCUGGGGAGCUCAUGUAGGUGGGGAGGCAGGUCCACAACACCUGUACAUCCAUCCAUCCAUCCAACCAUGCAGCAACCCACCCACCCAUGCAUCCUUCCAGAAGGAGAAGGGCCGCCAAGAGCCACAGAAGGACCUUCUGGGUCGUGUGAGCUUAUUUUGGGGACGGAGCCUUGUGAGGGGCUGCCAGCACCUGGGACACUCGUGGCUGACGCUAGGGGUGGGCAGAGCACGGCUCGGCUCGGCAGUGCCCGGCGGGGGCCGGGGCCGUGCCGGGGUCCGAGCCCCCCCCUCCCGGCACCGCUCCCGCCCCGCCCCGCCCCGGUGCGGUCCCGACGGGCGCGGCGGCGGCGGCGGGUCCCGGGGCAGCGAGUGGCGGAGCUGAGCUGGGAAAACCUUGUUCAAACCAUACCUUUUCCAGUCUGAUUUUUGCAAGACCGCUGCAGUGCUUUGCAAACCAGAGCUCUGUAGAGAAGUGCCUCUUCCAGCGCCUCCUCCAGCCAGCAGCCAGGUUGGAGGCCUUGUCUUGCUGUCAUCCAGCUGCCCAGCAGCAGCAGAUUCUUUCUGUGCUGUCAGGACAGGCCUUUGCUCCUCUAGAUCAGGAACUGAAACAGAAGUCCCAGCUAUCGUCAUGGGAGAUGUCUGUCUGGUUGGAUUGAUGGUGCUUGUGUACAUCUGGUUUCCCAGGGUUGCUGCCCAGAAUCUCAUAAAAAACCCCAGGGACCAGAACACAGAGCAUACCCUCUUGAUUAAUGAAGUCAAUGCUGACACUCCAGGCAUGGACACUUCUGAGUUUGUGGAGCUCUAUCACACCAGUGGCCGAACGGCCCGUUUGGAUGGCUACUAUCUGGUUUUCUACAAUGGCAAUGGAAACCGAGCUUACAAAGUUUUGAACCUUCAGGGCAAGGUUACUAAUGGCCAAGGGUUCUUUCUCGUUGGGUCCCCUUCUGUGAACCCGGCAAUAGUGAUUCCUAAGAACACAAUCCAGAACGGCCCCGAUGCGAUCGCUCUGUACUAUGGGAAAGGGAACUACAAGGAAGGCAUGGAUGUCACAAGUAGAGGACUGGUAGAUGCCUUGGUCCAUAAGACUAAGAAGAUGGACAGAGCGGACACUCUGGUCAGUGUACUGACUCCUGGCAGAGAUGCUUUUCUGGAGGACUCCACCUUCAGGACCACGGAUGAGUCAAUAGAAAGGUGCCGCGGGGCAGAUUCUCAGUGGAUCUUCCAAGUGGCCGUGCCUACCCCAGGCACAGACAACCACUGCAUCCUGACUUCUCAGCUGAAUGCGUCUGCUGUCCUGAUCAGCGAGGUCCACGCUGCCUCUUCUGCCGAAGACUUUGAGUUCAUAGAGCUUCAGGGUCCCCAUUCCACCAUGCUGAGGGACAUCGUUCUGGUGCUGAUUGAUGGUCGGACCAAAGACAUUUAUUUCACCAUGGACGUUUAUGGCAAAACCUCAGCGGAUGGGCUUCUUCUGCUUGGUCCAGCACAAAGCAAAGCCCCAGUGGACUUGCCGUUCCCGGAGAACUCUACUCACCCUGUCCUCAGGGAUGGCCCCAACGCCGUUGCCCUCUACAGAGGCAACACCAGCAGCUUUGCCCUGGGGAAGGUGCUGCCGGCGGCUGGCCUGCUGGAUGCCUUCGUGUACACGAACAGCGAGGGAGCGAGCCCCGAGCUGCUGGAGGCCCUGACGCUGGGCAGACCUGCCCUAGAGAGCACACGGCACCAGCUGGGAAAUGUGUCCAUGAGCCGGUGCAACUGCUGCUCUGUGACCCGGGACUCCUUGUCCUAUGUCCUCAGCCAGCCUACCCCUGGCAAGUUCAAUGAUUGCCCCAGCAAACGCUUCAGCCAGACGGUCUCCUUCUGCCUUCUUGUAGCAGAUUGCCAGGAGUGGCUCUCAAAGUCAGAAGAAGUCCUGACAACUCUCGUCCAGGCCUUUGACCGAUCCUGCAGCUGUGGAGUUUCUCCUGCCUACUUCAAAGAUUCAGAGGUGGCCUGUCAGGACCUGGGGCUUCUGUUCACCACCCUGCUCACUGCAAAGUCAGAAGACCAGCUGAGCAGCCUGCUGCUAGCCUUCAACACCUUCCUGGAGAGCCCCAGGGUUGUGAGUUUUGACAGAAGGAAUAUCACAGCAGAAAGCUCCUGCUUCAAGGAUAUUAACGUGCCAGACUUACCUCCAGGUGUCCCAUCACAGGUUCCAGAGGGGACUCGAGAGCCCUCUAGGCAAGUGGGUGAGCUGCUCAUCAACGAGGUGAACCCAGACAACCCGGGGGGAGGAGAGGACGCAGAGUACAUCGAGCUCUUCUACACUGGACGGACUCACUUUGACCUCCAGAGAUACUGGCUGGUCCUCUACAAUGGCAGAAACAGCCGGGCCUACCGGGUGCUGGACCUCUCCGGACACCACACGGACGAGCUGGGUUAUUUCCUGGUUGGGAGCAGCACCGUGCACCCAGCACCCAUGGUCAGGCUGCCCCCCAACACCAUCCAGAACGGGGCCGACGCUGUGGCUCUUUACUACAGCAACAGCACCCUCUACACGGUGAACAUGGCUGUGACCGCUGAGGGGCUGGUGGAUGCUGUGGUGUACACGUCCCGAGCGGAUGAGAAGGCAGAGAAGCUGCUCGAAGUGCUGGUACCGGGGCAGAGCAUCCUUUACGAAAAUGAUUCUCACAGCACUGAGGAUGAGUCCCUGAGCCGCUGCCACGGUCUGAGUGCAAGACUCCAGAGCAGCUUCCAGGUGACAGCAAUGACACCGCUCGGGGAAAACUCCUGCUGGCAGCCCCCACGUGCCAUCGCUGCCUGCUGUCCGCAUCAGCGAGCUGGGGCUGGCAUGGCAGCAGGGGCCGGUGGCUUUGUGGAGCUGCAGGGGCCGCCAGGGACCAGCCUAGAUGGCCUCAGCCUGGUCAUCUUCACCAGCCAGGAGGGUGCCGCUCAUGGCAGCGUCCCGCUGGGCGGCAACCUCAGCGCCUCAGGCCUGCUGCUGCUGGGCGGCAGGAACGACGGGACAAAACUGAUGUUUGAGGACAUUGCUGCUACCGAAGGCUCCAGCGCUAUAGCUCUGUACAGCACCAGCGUGAUUCCUAGUGGCAUGAAGGCAACGUCAGAGAACCUGGUGGAUGCCCUGGUGUAUACAUGUGGGCCAAGCAUGGUGGGAGGCCGCUUGGAUGUCCUCGGCCCAUUGUACACUGUGCCCUGCAAGGAUGACAGGCCUGUGUCCCUGAGUCGCUGCCCCUCCGGUGAUGCCAGCGCAGAGCUACAGUUUGCCAUCUCAGAGCCUACCCCUGGUGUGCAGAACAGCUGUCCGCAGGAUGCCUUUGCCGUGGGCUCUGGACUUGUGCUUCCUGACACCCAACUGCUCUGCCUGGACCGUGCACCACAGAAGGACACUGGAAAGCUUUAGAAGGGUCUUGUUGAGCUCCCUGGAGGAGGAGUGCUCCUGUGGCGUCUCUGAGCUCUACCUGCAAGGGCUGAACCUGACGUGUGUCAACUCCGUGGUGAAGGUCUCGGGCCGGGUGCGUGCUCGGCUGCCGGCGCAGCAGCAGUCCAUUGAGAGCUGGCGCCGAGGCCUCCUGACCAGCCCCCACCCCUUCUCCGUGGAUGGAAGAGUGCUGAAAACCAGCCCUGAGUGCAUCGCCCCCAGAAGCACACCAGCGUCAUCACAGAGCAGUUCCUUUCUGCGCAGCUGGGAGAUCGCCCUGUUGGUCGUGGGAGCUCUGCUGCUCGUGCUCUUGCUGGUUGGCCUGGCAUUGCACUUCAUCAAAAGACAUCCCCAAAACUACACCAACAUUGAAAUGAACGACUGCAGGGAGAUGGCAGCAGACUUCUAAGGCUCCCAGGCACAGCUGCAGUGGCAGAACCACCUCCACCACCAGGGCUGGACUUGUGUAUGCAGGCGGCAGAGCGGCUGUUCUGCUCCCUCUUCCUCCACAGCUGCUGCAAGGAGCUGUGUACGUAUACGUGGGUGUAUACACAGACACACACAUCUUUCUGUACGUGUGUCUAUAUAGAGAGUUUGGAUGAGUUUGGAGAAACAGGCUGGUGAACGAC